AGACUGCAAGGUUGGGAAAACUGAACUUAAGGUGGUUUCUUUAAUUGAGCUUUGUUUUAAUUUUGGGUUACACUGAGACUGUCUAGCAAUGUCAGCUGUGAUAAUCGAACUGGAUAAACUUUCUUCGGAUGAGAGUGAGAGCAGAAAGGAUUCCAAGUCAGGUUUUAAGGAAGGCAAAUUGAGUGAGUUCUGUGCUGAGUAUUGUGGGUUUCAACUUCACUGCUCCCAUUCUGCACCAGCUGGUAUGAAUACAAGCAAGAGUGAGAUGGUGAAGGAGCACUCAUUGAAACCCUCUAGAAGAUCUAUGCCAUGCUUAGUGCAGAGCCAAACACAUCCUCAGAGUCUGAGCAAGCAUUCUUCAUUUCUGCAGCCAAAUCGUGUACAGCCACAGCCUCAGCCUCUGAGUGCAGGAGCAUCUACAGCUACUGUUGAUGUAGUGUCAGAACGAGCUAAAGUGAUGGAGACUUUGGAAAACAAUUUGCUCAAGCUGUCCAGUACAGAAUACAGUGAUCCAUUUUUAGACAUAGGAAAAGACAAAGACCCGUACACUGAUGAUUCUGAACAUGGGAAUUACGAUGUUCGUACAGAUCAGUCAUUGCUUAUUCAAAACAAACUCACCAGGCAGAAAACAGAACCUCGAACUAAAUCAUCUUUAAAGACUGAUGCCAUGGCAUCGUCAGGCCUCUUCUUCAAAGAUGGCAAGAAACGCAUUGAUUACAUCCUGGUUUACAAAAAGUCAAGUCUACAGAUAGAAAAAAGAAGCACGUUUGAGAAGAAUUUGAGAGCAGAAGGACUGAUGUUAGAACGAGAGCCAGCUGUAACAAACAGUGAUAUCAUGUUUGUUAAAAUUCACUGUCCGUGGGAGACGCUGUGCAAAUAUGCAGAAAGAAUGAACAUCAGGAUGCCUUUCAGGAAAAAAUGUUAUUACACUGACUGGAGGAGCAAAACCAUGGGCAGUUUGCAGAGGAAUAUGAGAGAGCUGAAAAGUUGGUUGCCUAGAAAUCCAAUGAAGCUUGAUAAGGAGGCCCUACCAGAUCUUGAGGAAACAGAUUGCUACACAGCACCCUUUAGCCGUGCACGCAUACACCACUUUACCAUAAACAACAAGGACAGCUUCUUCAGCAACUCCACAAGAAGUAGAAUUGUGCAUCACAUGCUACAGAGAACCAAGUAUGAAGAUGGAAAAUCCAAAAUGGGUAUUAAUAGAUUACUAAACAAUGGAACGUAUGAAGCAGCAUUUCCACCACAUGAGGGAAGCCACAAGAGCAGGCAUCCCAUCAAAACGCAUGGAGCUCAGAAUCACAGACACUUAUUAUAUGAGCGUUGGGCACGGUGGGGAAUGUGGUACAAGUACCAACCUCUUGAUUUAAUCAGGCGAUAUUUUGGUGAAAAAAUUGGACUGUAUUUUGCCUGGUUGGGAUGGUAUACUGGAAUGCUGAUUCCUGCUGCCCUGGUUGGACUCUUUGUUUUUCUUUAUGGACUGUUUACAAUGGAUUCCAGCCAAGUAAGCAAAGAGAUCUGCGAGGCAAAUGAAACCAUCAUGUGCCCUAUGUGUGAACGCAAUUGCACACUACAAAAGCUCAAUGAGAGCUGCAUAUACGCCAAGGUUACACAUUUGUUUGAUAAUGGAGGGACUGUCUUCUUUGCUAUUUUCAUGGCAAUCUGGGCUACAGUCUUUCUAGAAUUUUGGAAAAGACGGAGAGCUGUAUUAACCUAUGACUGGGACCUCAUAGAUUGGGAAGAUGAAGAGGAAGAAUUGCGUCCCCAGUUUGAAGCUAAAUAUUCCCAAGUUGAAAGAGUAAAUCCCAUCACAGGAAAACCUGAACCUUUUCAGCCUUUCCCUGACAAGCUCAGUCGACUGAUGGUGUCUGUCUCAGGAAUAUUCUUCAUGAUUUCACUAGUCCUCACUGCAGUUUUUGCAGUCGUGGUGUAUCGUCUGGUAGCCAUGGAACAAUUUGCUUCUUUCAAGUGGUAUUUCAUCAAGAAGUAUUGGCAGUUUGCAACAUCUGGCACUGGAGUCUGCAUCAAUUUUAUGAUCAUCAUGUCACUCAAUGUUGUGUAUGAAAAGGUUGCCUAUCUCCUGACAGACUUAGAGCACCCAAGGACAGAGUCUGAAUGGGAAAACAGCUUUGCCUUGAAAAUGUUCCUCUUCCAGUUUGUCAACUUGAACAGCUCUAUCUUUUACAUUGCUUUUUUUCUUGGCAGAUUUGCAGGCCGCCCAGGAAAGUACAACAAGCUUUUCAAUAGAUGGAGACUGGAAGAGUGUCAUCCAAGUGGCUGCUUGAUAGAUCUGUGUUUACAGAUGGGAGUUAUUAUGGUUUUGAAACAAAUGUGGAACAACUUUAUGGAGCUUGGCUAUCCGUUAUUACAGAAUUGGUGGUCACGGCGCAAAAUGAAGAGAAGAGGACAAUCAAUGGAGCAUAAAAUUUCUCUACCUCAGUGGGAAAAAGAUUGGAAUCUGCAGCCUAUGAAUCUCCAUGGUUUAAUGGAUGAAUACUUGGAGAUGGUUUUACAGUUUGGCUUUACCACCAUCUUUGUUGCUGCCUUCCCACUGGCACCUCUCCUGGCAUUGCUGAACAAUAUCAUAGAAAUAAGAUUAGAUGCAUAUAAGUUUGUGACUCAGUGGCGAAGACCUAUGCCUGCAAGAGCAACAGAUAUAGGUAUCUGGUAUGGGAUUCUUGAAGGAAUUGGAGUACUGGCUGUCAUCACCAAUGCCUUUGUUAUUGCCAUCACUUCUGAUUACAUUCCACGUUUUGUGUAUGCAUAUAAAUAUGGUCCCUGUACAGAUCAAGGAUACAGACAAGAAAAAUGUCUAAAAGGAUAUGUCAAUAGCAGCUUAUCAGUGUUUGAUCUGAGUGAACUUGGAAUGGGAUAUUCAGGAUACUGCCGCUACAGGGAUUAUAGAGCCCCUCCCUGGAGUUCAACUCCCUAUGAAUUCACUUUGCAGUUCUGGCACGUUCUGGCAGCACGACUGGCCUUCAUUAUCGUUUUUGAGCACCUCGUUUUUGGAAUAAAGUCUUUCAUUGCCUACCUGAUUCCAGACAUGCCCAAAGACUUGUGCGACAGAAUGAGGAGAGAGAAGUACUUAGUCCAGGAAAUGAUGUAUGAGGCUGAACUAGAGCAUUUGCAGAGAGAAAGAAAAAAGAAUGGGAAACAGUAUCACCAUGAAUGGCCUUAGUCAAUAUUAUGCUGCAACGAAAAUGCUGUUUGGAAACUGAAGAGUGCAAUUUUGAAAUGAAGUCAGUCUUGCAUCAGUGUGUGCAAUUCAAAGUGUAUAUAAGUUCUUGUUGGGCUGUGCAGUUGCAGGCUUUGGUGGAAAGUAGAAAACAGGCACUUCUGAUGAAGAAAAUGAAGAGCCUUAUCUGUAACUAUUCUGUGAGAUGAGUGCCCAGGAGAACUGGCACUCAGGAACGUGCAGCAGAUUAAAAAUUUGGACACUGAAUUUAAAAUGGCAAUGAGUUUUUAUGCUGUUCAUGAAGAUGCUAACAGCAUAAUGAAAAUAAAAAAAUACCUAUAAACUUAUAUGGUAAGGGCAUGACUAAAAAGACAUUACAUGGUAUCCACUACAGCUUCUGAUUGCUCAGCUGCAUCUGUAAUGCCUCUGAAGAAAAAAAAAAAUUGUUGCCUUUGUGGCCAUAACUUGAUAUAAACAAUCUUUCAGGCUUACUGUUUUGUCAGGUUUGUCCUGGUCUCUUGUUGAGAUUGUGGAUGUGGUCCUACCCUAAACAAUGGGUAUAUGGCUGCUUAAUAUAUACUAUGCAGUUUAAGAUUUGCACAUCAUUGUCAUUAAUCUAUCCUUCUAGUUGAAAACCAAAAAUUCUAAAUUCAAAGAGAAAACAACAGCACUAGAACACAUUGCAUUGCCCACAUUGUAGCUGUAGUUGAAAAUGACAUGGCUAUGAGUUGUCUUUCCACUUUUUUAUGCAGAAAGGCCACCUUCACACACAUCAAGGAUGAAAGAAUUGUCAUUUCUAUGCUCUGCUGUAGCAUGCAGAUGUCUAACUGUGUUACUGUUCUCUUUGACCUGUCUGAGCAAUGAUUCCGUGACUUCACAGAAUGUUAACUUGGAAUAUUCUAAUACACUGCAAAUUACUUCAUUCUGAAUAUACAGUUAACUAUUUAUAGUAUGCAAGCUUAUGCAGAUAUAUAUCAGACAUACAUAGCAUUUUGACUUGCUUGUUCAGGGAAGGAGAAGCUGAGCACCUUAUAACAAUGCUCCUCUUAUUGUAAUAGUAAAUGUUCCGGUAAUGUGCACUUCUAAAAAGUAGACACUCAUGUUUAGAACCAAAUUUAAGUUUUUUUAUGAAUACAGUGUAAAGUAGUGUUGCUUAUGGUUGCUACCACAUUUUGUUGAUGAAAUUGUCUAUUAACAUUUCAUAAUGUGUGAAAAGAUAAGCACUUAAUUUGAAAAAUCUAAACAAGUGAACAGAGUUCACUUGCAGCAUAGAGUGAGGAAACAGUUUCAGUCAUCUUGUUUAUCUUGUAUAAUUUUAAGCAAUGUUCCUUUAUAUUGAAUGAGAAGAAAAAAAACCAAACAACAAAAACAACAGAACCACCAAAUCAUACUGGCAUUAUACAUUUACAUGAUUUUAGAGAUAAAGCUGCAGUGAAAUCACUGCUGACAGAUACAAAAAGACCUGAAAUUUUACUUGAUAUACGCCAUAUUGAGUCAGUAAGUGUUAUUCCAGUAUUUACUUAAAUGCAUUAGAACAAUCUUUUUAUUAUUGUUGUUCUUAUUGUUAUUACGCCAUAUAAGAUGAAUUUUAAGAGCCCAUCAAAUAGAAGAGUAGAAUCCAUUGUAUCCAGUGGACUUAAGCAUCAAAGUUGAAGUUCUUUACUCGUUUCACUAUAUUUGUGAAAUGUCUUGGUUAAUUCCAGCUUAAUGGUGACCUGACAAGGCAACUAGAGAAGUAUCUACAAUACUGCACAAAGGAGGAAGGAAAUGGAAAGGUAUGGCUUAAUCAGAUGUAUUAGCAGUUAGUUCUUUGAUAAUGGGCUAUCAGAACUCAGCUUUCUGUAUUUUGGAAGGCUGGUUAUUCUUCUUUUUAUUUUGGAUAGUUCCUCAGGAGUCCUUAUCAGAAAUAUCAGCACUCUCCUCAGUGCUUUCAGAUUCAUGCUAUUUAAUUUAUUCUCUCCCUAUUUCAUACUGUAGAAUAUCAAGCACCACUUGACAGUAUUAAUCAUGUGUCACAGGUUCUGUUUCUGUGCCACAUGGUGAUAAUAUUUCAGUUCUUCAGAAGGUCACAGUUCAGCUCUCUUUUUUAAGUUUUCUCUUAACAGCAAAAUGCCUUGGCUGGCCCAAGGUAAGAAGAUUUCAAAGAAGAAUAAGCAACAGUCAGAACUGGUGAUUAUUCUGUGCUUUUUCAUUUCUGCUGUGGAUAUUGGCACAAGUCAAAACAGACAAAUUCCAACUGAACUUAAAAGUGCAUUUAAAAGAAAACCUUUUUUUUUUGUAUUUGAGUAUGAUUUUGGAUUUAAAUAUUUAUGUUCUUAAUAAUUUUCAGCACUGGUGUAUAAAAGUAGAGAGAAGGCACGUAUGGUAGAUCUGACAUUGCAGUUUAUGCACUGGAAAAAGCACAAGCAAUUUUGGAGAAACACUGUGUUCCUUUAUAUCUGAAGGACAUGAACAAAGUGUAAAGGUUUUGCCACUAGUAGCCGUUUGCUUAAGCUGAGAACUUUUUGCUAGACUUUGUUUAGUGUGCUGUUUGCAUUGACUGCACGUUAUUUUACUGAAGUACAAGGCACACACUGUCCUCAGGAAUACUGUAUUUUAUGAGUGGUGAAUGAUCUUUUCAUAUUCUAGGUAUUGUCUUUCCAAAUGAAUGACCAGUAUGAAUAGACAGUGCAUGCAAGCUGCAUUUGUGAAACCUGACAAAGCUUUAGAACUUAAAUUUGUGCAAAAACGCUUUAGGUCAUUGCUGAUCUAAUCUAUGACAAUUUUGCUCUAUGCAUGCGCCCUUACAGAGACUGCACGAGCAACUAGAUAUUCUUAAAUACAAACAGUUAGUCCAAAAUGUCUUAAUUAUUCCUAACCAAAUUCAGUGUCUUGAUGCAGACGAAAGAAAUUUCCAUUUCAGAAACUGAAAAAUUGACACACAUUAUACAUAUUUUUAGUUACUUUUCAUUUCAAAUUUGUGCCUAGUGUGUGAGAUCUGAAUUCUGGUGAGCAAAAAGGGGAAAGAAAAGGAUGGAAAUGAAAUGGAUCCAAACAAUUCUGUUUCAUAAGCCUUCCUAAUGAGAAGUUCCUUCUUGGAGCUCAGCAUUUCUGUCUAUGGAGGGGUUAUGCAUCGAGUGCACAGUACUUACAACUGAGUGCCAACAGGGUCGCCUGCAGAUUGAGGAAAGGCUCUCUAUUUGUUAUGCUGUAAUUUAAUUUACUUACAAUAGAGUCGUUGGGCAUGCUGAUGGAGUACCAAUAUUUUGAAACAAGGCAGACCACGUGAUGGCAAUUUUUCUUCCCAACCUCCUUUUUAUUGAAGCAUUUAUAGAGAAGAUGAACACUUAAGUUAAUAUUGAUAAUGAUGAGGCUUAAAUUUCCAUAGGAAUGUUGGAUGACAAAUGGUUUUUGUUUUUUUUUCAUGUUUCUUUAGAAGUAUAUAUCUUCAUUCCUACAAAGCAGAUGCAUCACCUCUUACUAUGGCCUUUUCUCAUAGCAGUUUGACUUAAAUCGCGUUUUUAGGAUUGCUUAGGCUCUAUUGUAUUCUGAAGAAAACUCAAAAGAAAAAUGUUUGGAGGGUCUAGUGAAGAUAGGUGAAUAGAUACAUACCUUAAUGGAUAAAUUCAUUAAUUUCCUGAGGUUUUCUUCAUGAAGGAAAGUAUCUUGGGAAACAGAGCUUUAGAGUGAGUGUUAAUACAGGGAAAGGCAUGAACUUGUGAAAUUUUUUUCUUACUGUGUCAUUAAGAUGAUCUGUGCACAUCUGUGGUUUCCUUAUUUUGGCUUCUUCUGCAAACUCCAAAUGUGCGUGCUUCCAGAGAGAAUAGUUGGAGCCAUGCAGUUCAGUGAAUUCUCUGCAUGGUAUCAUGUGGGAUUUAUUCAUCUUGGAGUUAUUUUACCAAUUUUUAGGGGCAAAUUCGUAUACCUGUGCUUAGAAGUAUCAAAUCACUUUGAUUAACUGAAAAUGAUCCCUGUCUGCAAAAAGAAAAAAGAAAAAAAAGCUCUCCUUAAAUAGAUAGAUUACAUGUAACACCAAUUUUCACUAGGACUGUUAUAAACUAGAUUUUUUUAAGCACACUGAGUAAUGUAAUCUUAGAAACAGGUGUAUAUGAAGGCAGUGAAGUUAAUGGAAAUCAAUCACAUUUUCCAUUUAGCAUUACAUAGAAGGGAAGGGACAGAUACAAAAACAAUUAUCAGUGUUAUCUGUGAUCACUUAAAAUUGCAUUAGUAUUUCCAGAUGCAUUUUAAUUUUUGCAAUCCUUGUAAACUACUAAUGUUGAUUUUGGGGGGUUAAAGCUUGAAGCGAAUCUAUAACCAACCAUUCAUAACAAUGUGUAUUUCAUGUUACAGCUGACACUAGAAUUCAGAGAUCCACAUUUAGGCAGAUUUCUGAGAAAGAUGAAGUAAGUUAUUUUGUUAGUUCUAAUGCAUAGUUUGACUGAAGCAUAACCAGUAACCAUUUUUCCAAGUGUUUAGGUGAGUUGCAAACCUAAAUUUCUGUGGCAGAAAAGGUAGCGGCUUUCAAAGAUCUCUUUACCUUUUUGUGCUCAAACUCAUGCUAGUUAAAGCCCACCUCCUGUUGCAGUAAAAUGGAAUAAACCAGCAUUUUGAGGCUGGAGAUGAGCAGAGAAAGCAAAGCUCUUGUGUUCAUUUUAGCAAGUUUUGCUGCAGAGUCCCUUAUCAAUUCCCCAAAAUGAGGGGUUGAAAAUGGAGCACAGUGAGAACCCCGACGAUCAUUUUCCUUUUCUCCUCUGGUUCAUUCUUUACUUACCCAUAGUGUUUUAUUAAAUGAUGACUUCUUGCUGACAGUCAGAGCAGUUGCCUGACCUAAAUUACUUAAAGCGCUAACAGAAGCCAAACAGAAGUGUUCCCAAACCAGUCUGUCCAGUCCUUGUCGCUAGCUGGUAUGCUCGGGAUGGAGUGGUGCGAGAAAGCACAUGGUGUAUCUGUGUCUGCUGCUAGGCUAUAUCUGUCACUGUCCCAAGCACCACCUUUUGCACUCCUGUCCCUUCCUACACAUACACACAUGUCCUGAAGGCCCUACCCACUCUUGACAUUUUGAAAUUUAUAUGAAUAGGCUCAUAUCGACAAUUUUUCUCCAAUUCUGACAUUACAACCGCAUUCACUAUAAAUUUACAUUGACAUAAUUUUGACAUAGUCAUGAUAGCACAAUUACCACAACAGCACAAAUUUAUAACAGCACAACAAAGAACUGUAGAGAAAUCCCUUUUCUUUUCCAUGUUAUACAGGAACUUUCUUAGUCCAGAACUGGGAUUUUGUCUUGAAAUGUUAAUGAAAUACCCCAUCCUCACUGCACUGGAAAUUACCUUUUGUUAGUUCUUUUGGCUCAUUCUAACUUAUUGCCAUAAGCUCUGUAACACUAGAUGUUCCCUGUAGUAUGCUCUUUAAUUGCAGUGAACAAGUUGUUGGGAUGCUACUAGAUGAGAAAUGAGGAUUAAACCCAAUGCAGUCUAAAGCUAAUGAGAUUUUAAGCACUGAGAAGUUGAGAAUUUUUCUGUUAAAAUUUUUUAAAAAUUCAAAUCAUCUUUUUAUUUAAUGUUCUAUUUAGAAGACUCAGAAUUUUGUAUUGAAAAAAAUCUACAAAACUGUUGAUUCUAAUUUUUACCUAGAGUAGUAUAGCUGAAAUUUCAGUUGUUUGACAUAAUGUCAUGUAAAAUCUACAUGAUAUAGUUCAGCCAUUUUUACUUCGAUAGUCCUGGCUAACUUGCAAUAUCAUGAUCAUAAGAGAUUUCUUAAAAUGUGUAUAUACUUAAAAUUUAUGUAAUAUUUAAAUACAACUUGGUUUCUAAGUAAGAAAUGAGAGUACAGUUUCAACUAUUUUUUCUAUUCAUAAUUCCAAACUUUGUAAGUAACAUUUACAAUAAGAUUACCACCAAGUGUUUCAGAGAAAUUAACUUUUAUGCACUGCAAGCUAGAAGUUCCUCUGGCCUGUUCACUUUCUUUUGCAUUUAAGGUUACUCUUACAAGCUGGUGUGUACCCUAGAACUAAAAGAAUUCAGUGAGGAAAAGUUGUUGAUAUGAUUAACUAUUGUAAGACACUUUUGGCAUAAAUUUGUCUUUGAGAUGCUGUUUACUUUAUCAAGGUUUACAUGUACAAAUGCAAUGACUUACUGUAUCAUACACAUUUGAAUAUUGCAUUUUUCAGUAAUAAACUUGGAUAUCUUUGAA